GAUGUGAUAAGGUUAAUCACGCUGUGUGUGCGGAGUUCUCGCGAGAUUUCCCGAGAGGAUAAGUUGAGGGGAACAUGGCGACGUCUAAUUUGCUAAAGAACAAAGGCUCCCUUCAAUUUGAGGACAAAUGGGACCUGAUGCGUCCCAUCGUACUGAAGCUGCUACGGCAGGAGUCCGUAACCAAACAGCAGUGGUUUGACCUGUUUUCAGACGUCCAUGCUGUGUGCCUGUGGGAUGACAAAGGUCCAGCUAAGAUCCACCAGGCCCUCAAAGAGGACAUCCUCGAUUUCAUCAAACAAGCACAAGCACGGGUGUUGAGUCACCAGGAUGACACGGCGUUGCUGAAGGCCUACAUCGUGGAGUGGAGGAAGUUCUUCACACAGUGUGACAUCCUGCCCAAGCCUUUCUGUCAGCUGGAGAUCACUCUGAUGGGCAAACAAGGAAGCAACAAGAAGUCCAACGUGGAGGACAGCAUCGUCCGCAAGCUGAUGCUGGACACGUGGAACGAGUCCAUCUUCUCCAACAUCAAAAACAGGCUACAAGACAGCGCCAUGAAGCUCGUCCACGCUGAGAGGCUGGGAGAGGCCUUCGACUCCCAGCUGGUCAUCGGAGUGCGAGAGUCCUACGUGAACCUGUGCUCCAACCCGGACGACAAGCUGCAGAUCUACAGGGACAACUUUGAGAAGGCGUAUAUGGACUCUACUGAGAGGUUCUACAGAACACAGGCACCCGCCUACCUGCAGCAAAACGGGGUCCAAAACUACAUGAAAUAUGCUGAUUCGAAGCUGAGGGAAGAGGAGAAACGUGCGCUGCGAUACCUGGAGACGAGACGUGACUGUAACUCUGUACAAGCAUUAAUGGAGUGUUGCGUCAACGCACUGGUUACAUCAUUCAAGGAGACCAUCCUAGCCGAGUGUCCAGGCAUGAUCAAACGAAAUGAGACAGAGAGUGAGUACGGCCGGACCGCUCCCACCAAAGGCACAGCCAGCUCAGAGCUGCAUCUCAUGUUCUCUCUCAUGGACAAAGUGCCCAGCGGCAUCGAGCCCAUGCUGAAGGACCUGGAGGAGCACAUCAUGAGCGCUGGCCUGGCUGAUAUGGUGGCCACAGCAGAGACCAUCACCUCUGACUCAGAGAAAUAUGUGGAGCAGCUGCUCACCUUGUUUAACCGCUUCAGCCGACUGGUGAAAGAGGCCUUUCAGGACGACCCACGCUUCCUCACAGCUCGAGACAAAGCAUAUAAAGCUGUUGUGAAUGACGCCACUAUAUUUAAAUUAGAACUUCCUUUGAAGCAGAAAGGGGUCGGUCUGAAAACUCAGCCAGAGUCCAAGUGUCCAGAGCUGCUGGCCAACUACUGCGACAUGCUCUUGAGGAAGACCCCACUGAGCAAGAAGCUCACCUCUGAGGAGAUCGAGGCCAAGCUCAAGGAAGUGCUGCUAGUGCUGAAGUAUGUCCAGAACAAAGACGUGUUCAUGCGCUACCACAAAGCCCACCUGACCCGUCGACUCAUCCUGGACAUCUCAGCAGACAGCGAGAUAGAGGAGAACAUGGUGGAGUGGCUCAGGGAAGUAGGAAUGCCAGCUGACUAUGUCAACAAGCUGGCCAGGAUGUUUCAAGACAUCAAGGUGUCAGAGGACCUCAACCAGUCUUUCAAAGAAAUGCAUAAACAUAACAAGCUGGCGUUACCAGGAAUCGGCAGACACGGAGGCAUGAGAUGCCAAGGAAUCGGACAACUACGAAACCAUGCUGACUCGGUCAACAUAAAGAUCCUGAAUGCUGGCGCGUGGUCGAGGAGCAGCGAGAAGGUGUUCGUCUCUCUACCUACCGAGCUGGAAGAUUUGAUACCAGAGGUAGAAGACUUCUACAAGAAGAACCACAGCGGCAGGAAGCUGCACUGGCAUCACCUCAUGUCCAACGGCAUUAUAACCUUUAAGAACGAGGUGGGCCAGUACGACCUGGAGGUGACCACCUUCCAGCUGGCGGUGCUGUUUGCCUGGAACCAGAGGCCCAGGGAGAGGAUCAGCUUUGAAAACCUCAAGCUAGCCACGGAGCUGCCGGACGCCGAGCUGCGACGCACUCUCUGGUCUCUCGUGGCGUUUCCCAAACUCAAGCGGCAGGUGUUGUCGUACGACCCGGUGGUGUCUUCACCCAAAGACUUUGCAGAAGGAACACUAUUUUACGUCAACCAGGAGUUUUCUCUCAUAAAAAACUCCAAGGUUCAGAAAAGGGGGAAGAUUAAUCUGAUUGGUCGGCUGCAGCUCACCACAGAGCGAAUGAGGGAGGAGGAGAACGAGGGCAUCGUCCAGCUCAGGAUACUAAGAACGCAGGAGGCCAUAAUCCAGAUCAUGAAGAUGAGGAAGCGCAUCAACAACGCCCAGCUGCAGACGGAGCUGGUGGAGAUCCUAAAGAACAUGUUUUUACCACAGAAGAAGAUGAUCAAGGAGCAGAUCGAGUGGCUGAUAGAUCACAAGUACAUAAAGCGGGAUGAGACCGAUUUAAACACCUUCAUCUACAUGGCGUAGCACAGCCCAUAUCGGGACGUUGACUUUGGUUUCAGUGGAUCAGGCCUGAUGGACAGUAGGAUACUUCCAGGCUCCCCGUCCUCUAUUUAAAAAUAAAAUCCAUUCUUGUGCAGGGAGGCAUGAAUUUAAGACUAUUUAAAAAAAAAAAAAAGAAACUUCCUGCCUUCAAGUUGUACAAAGAUAAAAAAGUUGCAGUGGGAGUCUGCGCCAAGUGGUUAUAACUGUUUUUAGUUUGCUGUCCGGAUGAGGCUGUUAAUCGUUAAUGGUCUGUUUUUGUGUCAUCUGGGCGGCUACUACAACACUCGAUGCUUGUGCAAGUCUAAAAGGCAUGCUGACAGGAAAAGCGGAGGAACUCAAAAUAUCUGCAGUCCGGUUUUAUUCCACGUCAAACACAUACCACAGACCAUCUGAACAAAACGCUCUUCACUCAAAUGGCGAGCCAGCUGGUUUGUUGACGCUCUACAGUCACAGUUAAAGUGAUCAAACACUUAAUCCGGACAUUCAGUGUGUAUAAAGAGCCAGAUAAGCACUUCACAGUCUGCAGGACUGAACGAGACAACGACGUAGAGCCAAACCCCGUCAAGCCUCUGUCCCUGGGUAGAAAAAUAGCAUAUUGCUAUAAUCCAGAAUCCGUUUUCCCCCCCUAGCGAACGUACCCAGGGACAGAGGAGGAGUCGAACUCGGAGCUCUGAUCAUGUUUGCGACAGCCCUCUUUUCUGCAGGAAGCCUGGGAGAAGAGGCUGAGGUCAGUAUUACACACGGUAAAUACGACAAUUCAAAGCUUUAGGAGAGUGAACCAUGAGAUGUGAAUAAUGAAAUGAUUAAAUAAACAGCACCUUAUUAUAAAAAAAA